AUUAAUUUUUGCAUUCAGGCAGUCUAUUAGCCCUGUGAAACUUUAUGUACAUAAUUUCACAAUAAUCGAAAAUUGGACAAAUGUCACAAUCCUCGCGUGUUCGCAAAGGGGACAUAUCUAGCUGUACUUCUUUACUUUUCCUUAUUUUUUGUUUUUCUAAAGAAUACAACAAACUUCAASAYUAGCUUGUUCCUUGCGAGUCACGGGAUCGUCAAUCUCCCGGGCGACCAGAAACCCACAUUCUGUACAAMAUUUUAUCGCGGGUUUCCUGUGCUCUACCAGAAUGCAAUUCGGGCUUGUAUCUCUUCGAUAUAGCAGGCAAGGGACAAGUAGAUGUGAAUUUGUUUAUGUUUAGGUAUUUUCUAAAACUUCUUCUCCAUGAAGGAGAGCUUAAGCCACAAAUUGUUGUUAUUAGGGAGCUCAAAAAACAGCAAAUUAGGAAAGCAAAUAACUGCUGGGCUUUAAAGCGAUUUCUAGAUUUCUUCUUCAAACCCAACAUGGAAGGKGUUGUUGGCAAGAUUUCUUCAAAUGAAUUCAAACGUAUCUUGACUCCAGAACUAAUGACGGUGUCGUCUGUAUUUAAACAAGAAGGCUAUGACUUGAGAAUUGUUGGCGGAGCUGUUAGAGAUUUACUUUGUGGAAGGGCUCCUAAAGAUAUUGACCUGUCUACUACUGCUACUCCCAAUGAAAUGAUAGAACUUUUCAACAAAAACCAAAUUCGUUACAUAGAAACAGGUCUUCAGCAUGGAACUCUAACAGCACAUAUAGAUAAGAAGGAUUUUGAAAUUACAACAUUGAGGAUUGAUGUGGAAACAGAUGGCCGUCAUGCCAAGGUCCAGUAUACUAAUGAUUGGAAAUUAGAUGCAGAACGCAGAGAUCUUACUUUCAAUGCAAUGAGCUUGGAGCUAAAUGGAACGUUGUAUGACUACUUCAAUGGUAAGAAAGACCUAUUGGAACAUAGAGUAAGGUUUGUUGGCAAUGCAAAGUCAAGAAUACAAGAAGAUUAUCUCAGAAUUUUAAGAUACUUCAGAUUUUAUGGAAGAAUAGCUACCUGUUCAGAUCAGCAUGAUGAAGAAACAUUGGAAAUUAUUAAAGAUAAUGCAGAAGGACUGAAAAUGAUUGCUGUAGAGCGUAUUUGGAUAGAAUUAGCCAAAAUACUAACAGGACAUCAUGCUCCUAGUUUACUACAACAAAUCUACAACCUCGGUAUUGCUGAUUAUAUUAGACUUCCUCCAUAUAGUGAAAGCAAUGUGCAAGAAUUUUCUCGUGUCUGGAAUGAAUGCAAGAUCUACAAGCUUCAGCCAGUCAGUUUGCUAUGUUCUUUGGUAGACACUACAAAUGAAGCCGAAAGUUUAGCCAGAAAAUUAAAAUUAUCAAAUGCUGAAAGGAAUCUCGGGAGGUUUAUAACAGAAUACAGGAAACCCAGAAGCCAUGAAUAUGCAUUGAAACCAUACCAGGACAUGCUAGUGUCAUGCCCCAGCUCAACAUCUAAAGAAACAUUACGUAGUCAAAUUGUUGAGUUAUUGCAUUACCAAGGACGUCAUCAACUUGCUGAGGACAUUUCAGGAUGGAUUAUCCCUCAAUUUCCUUUAACUGGUUAUCAUUUGAAAAAACAUGGAUUGAAACCAGGCCCUGAAUUUGGGAAGACACUAGGACAAUUAAAGCAGAUUUGGAAAGACAGUUACUAUGUAGCUAAUGAGCAAGAUUUAUUGGAUAGAAUCAAGCAUAUUCUAAAGUGAUUUUAACUUCCAAAUCGAAAAGAUCUUUUKUGCUCAAGUUCAUAUUGUAUACAGUACUUACCUGCUUAUAAGAACCCAUUUUUUUCAAAAUUUAACCUAAACAGGUUCUUAUGUGAAUGGUGCUCAGUGGAAUUUUAGGCAACAAGGGUUCUUAAAUUGCACGUUCAGUUUCGGAAAUAUAUUAUACACCUGUUUUAAUUCAUCACUGAAGACAGGGCUUAUCCCUUUUGAAAUGGAAAUUUACAAGGUUUUCAAACAUUAUUUAUAACCAAAUUGGAUGUGUAUACAUAUUCAAGUUCACUACUUUUGGGUCAUGUAUUUUUGCAUGUAGAUUUUUUUAGGUUAAUUUCUAUAAGAUCAUGUUUCAAAUUUUAGGCUAAAUAACCCCGGGUAAUGGGAGUACUCUUAUAUAUUUGCUAUACGUGGACAUGCCACUGGUCAGGGUAUGGUUUUUGGCCUUGCUGUCUUAAACAAGGUAUACAUUUCACCCGAAAAUUGUCUUAAACAGGCUCUACAAUUUAGAUAAAAG